AGAGAGAGAGAGAGAGAGAGAGAGAGAGAGAGAAAACCGUCUGGAAGUGCUUACUGACAUACUAUCGAUGUGUUUUUUUGUUCAAAAGGGGAAUGAAUCUCCCCUCACUUGAAGUUGUUUGCAGCAUAACCGGUUUUGAGGAGGAGGCGAGGCGCGGCGGCGGAUGGGAGCACACAACCACAGCAGCGCCAAACUCACAAUGCGCCCCGACUGAACGCAGCCAGCGACACAACGCGGAGCGGCGACUACGCUGACGAGCUGGACAUUCGCAUCUGGGCUUUUUUUUCUCUUUUCAAAACCAGUUCCAGUGGUUCGUCGAACCAAGUCUCCGGCUGAUUACGUUUCUUUUUUGCAAGGAGGGAAUCAAUUGUGACCAGAUUGACUUCGCUGCUCGGGAGGGCAAGCGGUUUGAUCUCCAAACUCAGCCAUGACGUCUCCGGCAAAAUUCCGAAAAGACAAGGAGAUAGUGGCCGAGUAUGAAACCCAAGUUAAAGAGAUCCGUGCCCAGCUGGUGGAACAGCUCAAGUGUCUGGACCAGCAGUGUGAGCUGAGGGUGCAGCUGCUGCAGGACCUGCAGGACUUCUUCAGGAAGAAGGCAGAGAUCGAGGUGGACUACAGCCGCAACCUUGAGAAGCUGGCAGAGAGGUUCCUCACCAAGACCCGCAGCACCAAGGACCAUCUACUCAAGAAGGAGCACAGCAUUCUAUCCCCUGUGAACUGCUGGAACCUGUUGCUGCUUCAGGUGAAGAGGGAGAGCCGGGACCAUGCCACACUUUCUGACCUCUACCUCAACAACAUCAUCCCCCGCUUCGCACAGAUCAGCGAGGACUCAGGGCGCCUCUUUAAGAAGAGCAAAGAGGUUGGCGUACAGCUGCAAGAAGACCUUAUGAAAGUUCUUAAUGAACUUUACACGGUGAUGAAGACGUACCACAUGUACAACACAGACAGCAUCAACGCAGAGUCCAAGCUGAAAGACGCGGAGAAGCAGGAGGAGAAGCAGAUGGGACGCUCUGGUCGACAGGAUGACCGGCAGACGCCGCGCUCCCCCGACACCUUGGCCAGCAUCAAGACCGACGAGAAGCCCGUCCGACGCUCCAGUGUCAAGAAAAUUGAGAAGAUGAAGGAGAAAAGACAAGCAAAGUACACAGAGAACAAGCUGAAGGCCAUCAAGGCCAGGAAUGAGUACCUGCUAGCUCUCGAGGCCACCAACAGCUGUGUCUUCAAAUAUUACAUCCACGACCUCUCCGACAUCAUUGAUUGCUGUGACCUAGGUUACCAUGCUAGCCUGCACCGCGCACUGAGGACCUACCUAUCUGCAGAGCAGAACGUAGAGAUGUCUAAACACUCCGGUCUUGAGACGCUGGAGGGAGCUGCGGAGAGUCUGGAGGCCAACGGGGACAAACAGAAACUGAUGGAGACCUACAACAACGUCUUCUGCCCCCCUACUCGCUUUGACUUCCAGUCUCACAUGGGAGACACGAUGGGAGUAGUGUGUGCACAGCAGCCGCUGGAAAGCGAGCUGCUCCAGAGGUGUCAGCAGCUGCAGUCCCGUCUCUCCACACUCAAGAUUGAGAAUGAAGAGGUGAAGAAAACCAUGGAGGCCACUAUAGCCAACAUCCAAGAAAUGGUGACGGUGGAGGACUACGACGUGUCUGAGUGCUUCCACCACAGCAACAGCAUGGAGUCAGUCAAGUCCACUUUCAGUGAAUCCUAUCUCAGUAAGCCCAGCCUGGCCAAACGACGGGCCAAUCAGCAGGAGACGGAGCAGUUUUACUUCACGAAGCUGAAAGAGUUUCUGGAAGGCAGGAACCUUAUCACCAAGCUGGAGGCCAAGCAUGACCUUAUUGAAAAGACCAUGGGAGAGAGUCAGAAGACUGACUGUUGCCUUGCCAGUGGACGAAGAAACUCUGCGGUACGGAAGCAGGAGUCCGGUGAGGCUAUUCCUCUGAUGGUCGAGAGCUGCAUCCGCUUCAUCAGUCGCCAUGGUCUGCAGCAUGAGGGCAUCUUCAGGGUGUCAGGUUCUCAGGUGGAAGUCAAUGACAUCAAGAAUGCCUUUGAGCGAGGUGAGGACCCCCUUGCAGGGGACCAGAAUGACCAUGACAUGGACUCCAUUGCCGGCGUCCUGAAGCUCUACUUUAGAGGACUGGACCACGCCCUCUUCCCAAAGGAAGUCUUCCAUGACCUCAUAUCCUGUGUUUCAAUGGAAAGCCUUCAGGAGCGAGCAGUGCACAUUAAGAAAGUUCUGCAAUCUCUGCUGAGCAAAACACUCAUCAUUAUGAGAUACCUGUUCGGCUUCCUCAACCACCUGUCCCAGUACAGCGACGACAACAUGAUGGACCCAUACAACCUGGCCAUCUGUUUCGGCCCCACCCUGAUGUCUGUCCCAGAGGGCAACGACCAGGUCUCCUGCCAGGCCCACGUCAAUGAGCUCAUUAAGACCAUCAUCAUCCACCAUGACACCAUCUUUCCCAAGGUGCAGGAGCUGCAGGGCCCCAUCUACAUCAUUCCUGGAGCUGGAGAUGACUUCUGUGACAGUCCACACUGUGAGCCCCCCAUUGUGGAGGAGCCUGCGCCCGACACCGCUUGUGUCACCCGCAACAGCGAAGAUGGCUCCUUGGCUGUUUCAGAGUCCGACCCGUUCGAAGCCAUCGCCCGGUUCGACUUCUCCGGCCGAACUAGUCGGGAGCUAUCGUUCAGGAAGGGAGCAUCUCUGAUGCUUUACCAGCGAGCUUCUGACGACUGGUGGGAGGGACGACAUAACGGAGUGGAUGGACUGGUGCCCCACCAGUACAUUGCGAUCCAAGAAGCGUCUGAUGGGGGCCGGGGAAGUCCAAAGGCCGAUGUGGAAAGCAGGGACCUGCUGGAGGAGAGAGUGUCCACUCGAGGCAGCGCUGCUUCUCCUACUGGAGCUCAUGUGGCGGACAUCUACCUGGCCAACCUCAACAAGUUGAGGAAACGUCCGGAGUCCGGGAGCAUCCGAAGAGCGUUUCGUAGCUCGGAGAGCGACGGUACGAGUCCAGGAGCCAGUGGGGGAGGAGGAGGAGGAGGGGUAAGGACCGCUUCUCUUCCCGUUGGUGGGGCUCUGGUACAAGAAACCGGAGAUAAACGACCCGUCAGCGCUCACAGCAUCCUCAACUCGGUCACCCGCCACUCUUCUCUCAAGACCAAGGUGGAGAGUCCACAGUUACGCAAGACAACCUCAGCCGGGCGCUCCAAGAGCUUCAGCAACCACAGGCCAUUGGACCCCGAGGUCAUAGCCCAAGUGGAGCACAGCUCUCAGGACAUCGAAGCUGCGAUGACCUCGGCCCUGACUGAGCUCAGUAAGUUGGAAAGACAGAACACCUCUAAGCACACCCACACCCCCGAUGUGGUCCUGGACACACUGGAGCAGCUGAAAGGUCUCGGGGGCGGUUGUGGCGGGGGAGGAGGAGGAGCCUCGGAGCCCUCCAGUCCGCUCCACUCCCGUCUGUUAAGGGACAGUGAGGGGGGCUCCUCCCAUAGCCACCCACUUCAGCGCAGCGCCUCCUCGGCCAGCGACGUGCCCUCCUCCUUCCGCCCGGUCAAGAGCCGGCCACGGAGCCCCCUGCCAUCUGCCACCUCCCCCUCUCUCUCCUCUUCCUCCCUCUCCUCGUCUGUACCUUCCUUUAGAGAGCCCCGCCCCCCAGCGACAAGGCCCAAACCGGUGGUGUUCCCAAAGAGUGGCGGCGGCAGUCCAGCCAUGGGUUCCCCGACCUCCACUGUGCCCCCGACACCUCCUCCCCCACUCGCCGGCCACACCCACUCCCUCCCUCACACCCCUCCUCCUCCUCCACCCCAGUCUACUGACAAAUCCUGCCCGGCUUAACCUUCUCAAUCUGACCGGCGAUACUGAUUACUUGCAGACCCUUUUGAUUCCUACAGCUCUCCUAUCAGGUGCAGAGAGCACUUCCUUUGUUUCACAAAAGACCUAACCCACUACUCAUGUGUAGCAUUCACCUCUUGUUGUCCGGCCUAAGGCGCCAUGUUCCCUUUUACAGUGUCAAGAGUUUUCCUGCCAUCUGCUGGCGGCUCUGCCUUACCGCAGUCAAACUACCAGAGGGCAUAGGCUGGUGAACACCCCUCAAUGACACUUGAUGAUGAUCUUUUGCCACUGCAGAGAUCCCAGGCAUCACUGGAUUUUAUUUCCUUCUUUUUUUUUAAAGGGGAACAGGACUCAGGAUGGACACCUGCAGACCUAAAACUUAAACUUACAUUCACUAGUUUGUGAUGUUUGAAAUUGUGUUUUAGUGGGUGUGAAGGAGUCUUUUCACACAGAUCUAAGUGAGGAACAAAAAGCACUGUUUGAUUUUGUAUAGUAGACAUGACCAAUUUUCGUUUUUUUUAAUGACCCAUGUUUAACGGAAUAGAAGGGAGUGUUUUAUUCCUGAGAAUAGACUGUGAAAUGCUAAGCUCUCUCUCUGCAAAGAAAUUAAACACACUGACUUGCUUGCUGCUUCAAGACUGGAGAUAAGGUUUGCAUUUGUGAUUGAUGAGCGGAAAGAAAACUGGGCCAAAUAUCAGUGGAAGUCAUGUGAUGGAGAGCUUUAUUUGAUCUCUUCCUCCAGGGUUUGAUAUGUUGGUGAUUUUAUUUUUAUUUUUUAUGACUUUUCUUUAUUAGUACCGCAGCAGGGGCAUAGCGGGACCAGCGUUCCCCAACUGUAAUUUUAAAUACACAUUCAGCAGUACGGAUGAUAAAAAUCUUAGUUUGAGGCUUUAUGCUGCUUCUCACCUGUAGCUCUAAUAUGUGUGUAGGGGACAACUGAAACCCAGCAUUUCUAUAGGUAAAGUUAGACUGUGCACACACGCAUUCUCUCAAAGUGUGUGCGUGUUGGUGUUUUGUGGCAGCUAAAACGCCUUUCAGGUUUUCCUCGCAUGCUGGGGCCAUAGACAGCGGCCACUACGGCUAGCUUGCUGAAUGCAUCAGUUUAUAUUUCUGCAGCACCAGACACAAGACAUCUUGGAAUAUAAAAAUAUAAAUAUGAACUUCACGCUUAACAGUAAAAGGGUUGUAUUAUUCUAACGGUGUGUAUGUAUGUUUAAUAAUCACAUUGAUAACUGGAAAGCAUGGAGCUAAGGAUCCUCUUAAGUGUGUGUGUGUGUGUGUGUGUGUGUGUGUGUGUGUGUGUGUGUGUGUGUUUUUCUAAUAGAAGCAACCAACCACCUCAUCCAAUGCGUUCUUAAGCAAAAAUUGCUUUCUUGUUACGUUUUGUUCCCCAGUUGUUGAUUAAUGCUCAGAAUCUCUAACGUGUAGCCGUCUGAGUGUGUGCAUGUGUGUGCGCACCUGUGGGAGCAUGCGUGGAUGUAGAAUAGGCAGUGAGCACACUCCCACCAGCAGGCAGAUAGUGUUCCCCCACCACCAAAAGCUGUAAACCUAUGGGAAACACUGGUAUGUAUGGACCCCGCCCAGAACUCCUUUGCAGUGUCCACCCACCAAAAAGCCACCCAACAGCAACUGUCUGGAGAGACACCGGAGUACCAGCAGCCUUGGUGCUGAAUAAAUAUGCACUGUGUGUACAUGCAAUCUGACAAAAAGCCUUCACGUACAUACAUGAUAGGAAGUCAUCCUCAGCCUCUGCUGUAACUGCACCAGCGGCGGAUUAUCUUUAAGUCUAAACAGAAGGAGGAAACCCAUAUCCAAGGGCUUACAUUGUUUUAAAUAUCAUUAUUGCAGUAAUGUAUUUUUAGCUAAAUUAGAUCUGAUGAUGAAUUAAGUAAUAUUUUAAUAAUUUAGCGAGCACUGACUUCAAAAGUGGACACAUGCCAUUCGGGGAAAACUAAAUCAUACCUUUUUGUGGUUUGUAUUUUACAACCCGCACUGAACUAUUUGUAUCUUCAUAUUCCCCACUAUCCCGCCCCUGUUCUCCCAGUAAUACAGCACAUACUGCAUUCCUGUAUGCUCUCUACCAUGUUAUGAAUUAUACUUGUAAAGGUUUAUUUGUAUACUGUUCUUGUAUUACCUGGUGUAUUUGUGUCGCUCUUACCUCAUGACAACUGGAGGGACUGUGACUGUUUGUGUGUGUGUGGGGUGUGUGUGGGGGGGGAUAUGGGGGUGUAAUUUAUCAGCAUAAACAAACACAAACAGACGUGCAUGUGGUUGGUUGAUGUGUUUGUUCCUAUUCAAUCUCAAAUCAAUCAUUGUGCACUUGAACAACUUGGCUUGCGUGUGGACUAACUGUGGGGACGGUUUGUCUGAAUUGAAUAUUGUUAAAUAUGCAUUUUGUGUCCAUUUGAAGACGGCGGAACUAAAAAAAAAAAAGACUGUAAUGUCAAAUCUAUUUAUAGUUGUCUCUGUAUUACUGGAGAAUCCUGUGUUCAGAUGUACUUUGUAUAUACAAUGUUGUACAUUACAGAGGUACACUCUUUUUUGGUACAAUAUUGUACAGUAAUAGCAAUAGUAGUUUAAUCAAAUAGGCCUUAUAUAAUUCCAUGUGUAGUUCUUGUAGUAGAUCUUUUUUUAAUAAACAUUGCUUGCUAUA